UUCGCUUUCCGAAGUUGUAUUUGUUCUCGGAUACGUGAGGGAAGAUAAUCGUACGAAACCCAUUUUUCAUUCACUCUUGGUUUUGGUUAGAAGUCUUUGAGUUAGAAAGAACCUAAGAUCUAUUUUGAAGGGCUGUCUACGAGAAACGACGUCACAGAAAAACUCGUGACAUCUUGAAUUUUCAUUUGUAAUCGGGUUACAUUUCCUUGCAUGGUAAAUAUUCGAUCUCUUUGAGUUUCAAAAUCAUCGAAAUUUCAUGGCUUAGAAGUUCACCUUCAGAAUCUCAGAUGGUUUAAGCUGUUGUUCAAACGUUUGGCAUCGAAAUCCUUCUCAGGAUCCAUUCCGGUCCAUCGAACCUUAGCUGCUACUUCUCUCAUUGCCUUAACGAAACACGAAUUGAGCGUGCCUUUUAGAUAACUGUCAUGUCCGCCAGCGUCAGUCCGCUUCCAUCGAGUGAGAUGAAUAGCUCACACUCAAGUGAAGGUAGCAGUGUAAGUGGCUUUGUUGUAGUUUCUAAAGACGACGGACAAUUGCUCAAUUCCGACGACAGUAAGAUUGGAAAAAUAGCUGAGAUUCCAGGUAAAAGCGAAAGCCUCCCACAAGGCGGAAGUGAGUCGCAGAAUGAACAUGAACUAGCUGAUAGAGUUCAGAAUCUUUCCAAGGAAAAUGAACAACUUAAGGGGGUGCUGCUUCAGAACAAUGAACUCCUCGAGAAAUAUUUUGAAGAACUUGCAGACAUGCAGAAAUCUCAGAAACAGACAAGUGAGUCUUCACGCAAAGGAUAUGAACGUGCCAAGGAUAUGAUCAAGAACCUGCGAGAAAAGAAUGGAAAAUUAAAAACUGAACUGAAGAAUGAACAAAAUAAAACUUUGCAACUGGAGGAAGAGCUGUCCAAACUGAAGGAGGCAGAUCAAAAUGAAAAGUCUGCACAUCUUGAAGAAAGUUAUCAUAUAGACAAGGCUAACCCAGAUCAAGCGCAGUCUCUAAACGAAGUGGUGAAGAAGCUUGAAUCUGAAAAGGCCACCCUGGAAAUGAGUAACAGCAAACUGCAAGAACGUAUUUCCUGCCUAAAGGCCAUGCGAGAAGCUGAGCCGAACACUGAAACAGAUGACCUUGAAACUCUGGUUUCUCUUGACACCCUGUCCUCUGACAUUCCUCUCGAGAGCCCUGAAGCAGUUUGGGAGAACUUAAGGAAAGUUGAAACAGAAAAAGAAAUUUUGAAGGUAAAAUUGGAGGAGAUGAAAAUUGAGAGUGAGCAAAACCAACAACAGUUUAAUCAACUUGAGGAAGAACGUGACCAGCUUUUAAAGAAAAUUCAAGAUAUGGAGCAAAGGCAGGUAUUAGAAGAAGAAGAUAUUAAGCUUGAGGUAGCUGAAAACCAAGCUUCCACUGCAGCAGCCACAGAGCAAAUUGCUGCUUUGAGUGAACAGCUUAGAGUGCAGACAGAGGUGAUGAACAGUCUUACAAAGGAACAGAAUGCUUUGAGGCAGGAAAGAGACAUGUACAAGAAGAAGGCUGAAGAAAUUGAACAAAGAACCACUGAGAAUGUUGAAGCUAUAGGAGAACAGCAGCAAAACUCUCCUGAAAAAGGCAGUGAUAAUCAGGAAGAACUGAAAGUAAAUGAACUACACAUUACACUUGAAAAAGUGAAGAAAAACCUUUGGGAAUACCAGAGACGUGAAGGAGAUCUUCUGAACAGGGAGAAGGCUGUUCUUGAGAAGGAAGAAGAACAAAAGCAGAGAACCACUGAGAAUGUUGAAACUAUAAAAGAACAGAAGCAAAACUCUCCUGAAAAAGGCAGUGAUAAUCAGGAAGAACUAAAAGGAAAUGAACAAUACAAAACACUUCAAAAAGUGAAGAAAAACCUUUGGCAAUACCAAAGACGUGAAGGAGAUCUUCUGAGCAGGGAGAAUGCUGUUCUUGAGAAGGAAGAAAAACAAAAGCAGGUUAUGGAAGAGAAUGAGAACCUAAAAGAUCAGCUUGCUGAAGCUCAAAAAAAUAUUGAAGCACUUUCCCACAAAGAGAAGGGGCAGGAGGAAGAAGUGAACACUCUGAGGAGGCAGCUGAGUUCAGUAUCAGAUGAACUCACUGAGACGCAUGAACAGGAAGUUUCUCAGUUAAAGGAGUCAUUGCAGACAGUUAUUGACAGUGCCAAAGAAUUGAGAGUAACUGUUGAACAACUUAGGAAGGAGAAUGAAAAUCUUCAGAAACUUGUUGAGGAACUGAAAUUAAGUGCAAGUCAGAAGGAAGAGGAAAUACAGACUCUAAAGGAGGAAACAGCCAAAGUGUCCAAUGAACUGAAUGAGGUUCAGGAGCAGGAAGUUAACCGCUUAAAAGAAGAAUUGUCAGACAAGACUGAGGCACUGAAAAAUGCAGAGAUUAACAUAAAAUCUAUGGAGACUCAAGUGACACAAUUAAUCAAGGAAAAUGAAUCUCUAACAGCAGAGAAAGAAAGGCUUAAGGAUGAAUGCAUCCAACAGGAAAAUAUGUAUCAAGAUCAUCUCCAUAAGAUCACUGAUGACAGUGAGAAGCAGAGAAUGAAGAGAGACCAAUUGAUCGAAAGUCUCAAAAAGAAUAUGUCAACCACUGAUGCAGAACUUAAGAAAACACGCUCAAAACAGGAAACUGACAGGGCGGCCUUCCUACAACUCCAAGAGGAUUUAGAUCGUACAGUUGGAGACUACAAUGAACUUUUACAAGCAUACCACACAACGAAUGAAACGAAGACGAAACACGAAGCCUACCUCAAGGAAGCUGAUGAACACAGAAAGAAGUUGAAAGAAGACGUAAAGAUUAGAGAUGAUGAACUCGAUAAAGUACAUCAAGCCAAGUAUGACCUGGAACAAGAGCUGAAAGCUCUACAGAAUGAACAAGAGAAGCGAUCGAUUCUCGAGCAAACAUUGAAACAGUACGAGGAUGAUUUUCGAAUUGAACGCGAAGCCAGAGAGAAGCAACACGGGGAGAUGUUGAGCCUGACUGAACAAGUCCAGCGGCUUCGGCAGGAAAACCAGCGAUAUCAGGAUGAGAUCUAUCAGUUAAGCAACAGAGGAUUCGAGGAAAUGCAACGCCGCCAUGCCAGUGUUCCUUAUCAUACCACAGACUACCCACCCCAUCAACAAGGAUCUCCCGGAGAAUGGUGCGCUGGAUUUCCUGGAAUGCCUUUUUUCACCCGUGGAUCCGAACAACCUGCAGAAACCAGGAGAGAGGGGGACAUGCGGAGUCCUGGAAGGGAACAACAAGUCCCUGCUCCACCGGUGGAUGAAAAUGAUUGGCAAUGUCCAAAAUGUCGCGGGGUGUUCCCUAAUUUUGAUGCACUUCAGAUUCAUGCUGUGGCAUGCCAAGGAUUCCAGCGACCACCUUCCGUAGGCGAUCUUCAGCAAAAUCAGUGUCCAAGCUGCAUGGAGUUAUUUCCUGAUAUAGAAACCCUGGAACUUCAUGUAGAGGAAUGUCUGGAUCAACAUCAAUAGUGAAAUUAUCCUGACCUCAACGCAUUUGACCGAACUGGAGGAUGUAUUGGCAAGAGGAGUGGACAGUCAGGGUGAACUGAACGUUAUAAAAUUCUUAACCACUGAGCAGUGAAACAGUUUAUUCCUAAGCUUUUUAUAUGAACAUUUUUAGCACGAAGCAGCAUUCUGUAUCGAUAAUUUGACGCUUAAAAUGAGUUUUAAAUGCAAGCAGAAGUCAUACAGGACACUGAGCUGUUCUGUUGGCCGUUUCACUUUACUUUAAUGAAAACCACGUCAGAAAAAGUCUUGAAAACUGCUUUAAUAGGAUUACAGCUUCGAUGCUAUUUACCGCGCUAUUUGUUGAAAGCGAGCAGAUCAACAUAGGGGACAGGUAAGUUUAACCGCAGGGGACAGUAUGAUAACCAAGUAUUAAUUGACCUUAAAAUUUAGCUGACCAGUGAAGGUGUGACAAACUUGGCUUUUUGUGAGAUACAGAUAUGACGUAUUAUGUUACUCAUAUAUAACUUUCAUUUUGGUAACGCAAUAUCCAAUUCAGCGGAUUUAGACCACAACUUCGACGUGCUCUUGCGUUACUCUUGUUGUUCUGUAAAACUAAAAUCUCCUAGACAGUCUGAGACCGUAUUUAUCUGAUAUUACAACUGUAGUUCAAGAAUAGAUUAGGUAAUUUACACACAGUUUGUAUUGGAAACAUACUAUGUCUCGCAUUAAGAACUAAAUGUAAUUAACGGAUGACGAUUCACGACAGUGAUCUAAAACAAUAGUUGAGUUGAUAUGUUCUAGAAACACAUCAAAAGCUCUCUAAAGUAAUUCCAGUUGUUUUUCAAGUGAAGUACAGAGGGAUAAAGGUUAAUGUUAAUUUGAAGGAUGUUUAAUACCACUUCCUUUAAGACUUUGUAAACAAUUUAUUUUAGUAAAAAUUUACUUUUAUGUUUUAUCAUAGCAUAGUAAGUAGACUACGUUGACUCUGCGUGUGUAGUUAUUUUUUUCAUACAUAUGAAAUAAUGUUUAAAAAUUUGGUUUUCCUUAAAGGCAGGGGCCCAUUUCUAUGGGCUCCUGUUAAAGGUAAUUAAUUUGGUAAAAGUGUAAAAAAUUUUUUCUUCUUCAACUGAAAAUAAAAUCUAAAGGAAUUAA